AUGCAUCAAGUUCGAGGACUUGUUCGCCGAUCCUCCGUUUCGGCUGUUCGUUCUUUAGAGAAACGAGUUGUUCCUCACGAUGUAGCGACGUGUUUUGUUAAUACCGACUUUGUGGAUGGAGAGGGAACAUGCAGAUCUGUGCAGCUUCUCCACGUAACGGCCCUUCUGCAGUUGUUGGGGGAUCUUCCCAUGAGUGAAGGUCUUGCACGUGUGCAGGAGGUGAAGCGAAUGUUAUCCACAUUACCCCACAGUAGUAGAGGUAGUAGUAAUAGUGAUAGUGAUAGUGGUAGUAGUGCUGAUCAUAAUAAUAAUAAUAAUAAUAAUAAUAAUAAUAAUAAUAAUAAUAAUACUAAUAUACAGUUAUGUGUAAAGUCUACAACCCCUUCCACUAUUGCGGAGCUGCAGCGUCGUCAGUCACGACUUCUCUCAAAGAUUGAAGGAAGACUCAUCGCACAAGAUCUUUCACUUGUGGAGAAGUUUACACAGCAAUUGUUAGCCAAGGCGGAGAAGCGGCGGAAAGGAAAGGAGGCUCUGAUCUUUCACCCGGAUGAAAUCGCCACUUAUCGCGGUAUUGUAGAGGAGUUGAGUAGUAAAAACCCUCCAGCCGCAUUAGCGAUGGCGAUGAAUGCCAAAUUACCAUCACUCGCUAGCGGGGCAAGUGCCGCACUUUCAAAGUUAGUGACUCUUGAGAAGCCAGCGGCGGUUUUGGCGUUUCUGGAGGGAUUUGCAGAGAAGGAUGAAAUAACAGCGGCAUCAGAGACAUGUGCAACUCAAGUGGCUAUACGUUUACGUAAUAAGUUGUGGGAAGUACGGGAAAAGACAAAUGUAAAGGAUAAUAAUACGAACUUCUUGCGUGAAUCUCUUGCUGUGGCGUGUCGAUUUAAUAUAGAUCCAGGCCUUGUGUUUCCAACAGACGCGAAUGCGAUUCAACGCUGGAGUUCACAGUUCCUGCAAGAGAAUAUGUGGCCAAUGGAACGUGCCUCCGUAUUAUCAGGUAUUGUACAACGUAAACAAUUAUUGCCGCGUCGUGUUUCACUUGAUUGUCUUAGCAGUUGGUGUUUAAAUGAUGUGGAGCGGCCGUGGCUGUGUAAUGCGUUAAGACAUUGUAAAGAAGGCGGAAGUUCUGUGUUGAAUAGUCAAGAGGAGUCCGUGUAUCGUGCGGCGCUUGCCUGUGCGUUAAAAGAUCCUAAACGAUAUUUGGUAGAUAGUAGACUAUUACACCAAUAUGCCGUGCUGUUAAAGGAGGGUGAGAUUGAACCAACGCAUGCGAGUUUUCCACACUUUAUUGAAGAGUGUGGAGAAUGCCAUGGUGGUGAUGAACGGCCAGAGGAAUUGUGUUUUCUUCUUUCCCUCUCUGAAAAGAGUGUAAUGGAGAACUUAAUGGCACUUGCCCCUCAGUGUUCCUACUGGCGUACACUGUUACUUCAUAAACAAGAUGGUAUUACGGUAACCCUCGCCCCACAUGGGUAUGUUUCUGUGAAAGUGAAACUCCCACGUAAACAUGAGUGUGUAGAGACGGCAAGGCAACCCAUAGAGACAUCAUCAACAUCAACAACUACAACAAUCACAACUACAACUAUAUCUACAUCUUCUUUGUCUCUACCGGUAAUUUUUGAGGAUAACGAUAUGAUUGUGUUUAAUAAACCCUCUCACAUUGCCACUUCACGACAUGCCCUUAGUUGUACACAGUUAGGUGACCCCAGCACGACGGAUAUUGUUUCCUUGUUGUUAACAUCCCCAGUGUAUGGAGAGGUAUUGCGUGAUGUAUUCCGCCAGGGACAAGUCCAUCGUUUAGAUACAGAAACAAGCGGUUGUUUAGUAAUGGCAAAGAGUACAGAGGCGGCAUCUUCACUUAGACAUCAAAUGGGAACAAGUGCGGCCUAUUCACAAAAUACCAAAACAUACAUGGCACUCUGUGCAGUAUUGGAGGCGGACCUCUCACGUGUUCCUCUUCGUGCGGUAUUGCGAGAUCCAACUGAUUAUAAAAUCACAACAAAAUAUCGCGUGGUGCGUUUUUUCCGCCACUCCCGCGUUGCACUUGUGGAGUGCCGCAUUCAACAGGGAAAAAAACAUCAAAUUCGUCGACAUUUGGCCGCAGCGGGUUUGCCGAUUCUGCAGGAUGUGGAACACGGCGGGGCGGGGUGUUGUACGCCUCUCAUUAACCGCGUGGCCCUUCACGCCGCAGCGAUUACACUUGUUCAUCCACGAACAGCAGAAGUGAUCACGUUUUCGGCACCAUUAACAAUGGAUUUCAAAGAGGCGAUUCGUCAAUUGGAAUUAAGAAAAUAA